UUCGUCUUGGUGGAAGUUCUUUGUUUUAGCUGGUGUCAGUGUGUAGUCAGAUGCAACUUCGUGACUUUGCGUGACUGUAGAACUGAAGCCAUGGACCAGGACCCAACUAUGUGGAUAAAAAAAGAGGAAACAGAUGAAGUAAAAAUUGAGUUACACUCCAUGUUUCUUGAAGAUCCAUUAAAGACCGAAGGACCUAGUGUUUUGGUAAAGCAAGAUCCUGAAGUGAAACAACAUGCUUAUGGAUCAGAGCAUAAUGUGGAAACCUCAACAAGAUACACACAUGAUAGUGCAAGAUUGACUCAGAGUACUGGUGGGAGCUGUGGCAUAUUAUGUGAGGACACUUAUCACCAUGGGCUAGUCCAGGAUAAGUUGGUGAUAGACAUGAAGACGUCAACACACGAGUUGGGUCCCAAUACAGAAGAUGUGAUUAUUGACAAGGAGUGCUCAGAUGCUACCCGAUAUGACUGUAGUACAAGGGAAAAGGAAUUUCAUGUAUAUAGCUGUAAUUUCUGCCUACAAAGCUUUCCUUCCAAAUACAGACUCAUAAUGCAUGUGUUCAUGCACAUUGGUGGUACGCAGCCACCUUUGUAUGUUUGUAAGUGGUGCGGUGAGGUAUUUCAGAGUAAUGUUAGUUUGAAAAAACAUUUGAGAAUGAGUGAGAAUUCUGUCUUACCUGCUAGCAACCAUGAAAAAUAUGGCGAUAGUGAUCAUCAUCAAAGCAGUAUCUUCUUGGAUAGUGAGCGAGAAGUUUCUGUUACAGAACACAAUCAGCAGUCUUCGUGUAAGGAAACUUCGAAAGCAUCAAAGAAGUCCUCUAAUGACAGGCGUUACACACAUAUGAGAAAUGAUACGGAGAAAUCAAAUGAUUAUGGAGCUUCAUCUACAGCUGUUAAUGUCACUCCCCAGGCUGAUCUACUUACUGCAAACAGAACCCACAAAUGUGAUAUUUGUGGCAAAUUGUUUGCUAGGUCAUGUCAUCUGAAGACUCACUUAUUAAUUCACACUGGAGAGAAACCUCACAAAUGUGAUAUUUGUAGCAAAUUGUUUGCUAGGUCAUGUUAUCUGAAGACUCACUUAUUAAUUCACAUUGGAAAGAAACCUCACAAAUGUGAGAUUUGUGGGAAAUGUUUUACUAUAUCAUUCAAUCUCGAGAGACAUAUAUUAAUUCACACUGGAAAGAAACCUCACAAAUGUGAGAUUUGUGGGAAAUCUUUUGCUACAUCAGGUGCUCUCAAGAAACACACAUUAAUUCACACUGGACAGAAAGCACACAAAUGUGACAUCUGUGGGAAAUCUUUUACUAGGUCAAGCAGUCUCAAGGCACAUGCUUUCAUUCACACUGGAAAGAAACCUCACAAAUGCGAGAUUUGUGGGAAAUCUUUUGCUAUAUCAGGCAAUCUCAAGAGACAUAUAUUAAUUCACACUGGAAAGAAACCUCACAAAUGUGAGAUUUGUGGGAAAUCUUUUGCUAUAUCAGGUGAUCUCAAGAAACACACAUUAAUUCACACUGGACAGAAAGCACACAAAUGUGACAUCUGUGGGAAAUCUUUUACUACGUCAAGCAGUCUCAAGGCACAUGCUUUCAUUCACACUGGAAAGAAACCUCACAAAUGCGAGAUUUGUGGGAAAUGUUUUGCUAUUACAGGUGAUCUCAAUAGGCAUGUACUAAUUCACACUGGAAGAAAGCCUCAUAAAUGUGUAAUCUGUGACAGAAGUUUCACUCAAUUGAGUAAGCUCAAGAGACAUGCAUUACUCCACUUGAGAAAGAAACAAGUAGGUGUUAGUUUAAGCAAAUAGGUAUCCCUGGUUGGUGCUCUCAAGGCCUGUAAAAUAAUGGAUGUAGCAGGGAGACAAUAAAUGGUAAUGGCUGUGAAAUAACAGUAUAAUGUGGUAGAAUUGUGAAAAAAUGUGUAAUUAUGUGUACUUUAGAGCGGUAGCAGAUAAAAUGGCAAUAUAAAAAUCCGUAUCUGCAGCUUGAAAUGUCAAGAAAUUGUAUUGCUAAAUAUGCCUCAAACGUGAAUCAAAUAUGUUUGUCAUUAACACUGCUAUUUUUUCCUAUCGAUCUUGAGACAAGAGGAUUCUGAAUUGUGAUAAAUCCUUACCUUCGUCAGUAAUUAUAAGUAGCACGCAAUAUUCAGUAUAAGGCCAAGGAAAUGUCAUGACUUUCUGAUUAUUAUCCCUAACAUAGUCAUCAUGUAUUACUUGUAACUCUGCAUUUUAGAAACAAUGUUAGCAAUUAGGUACCCAUAUAUUAUGGCAGUUCCUUCACUCAGACUAGUAAACUCAACACUGGAGAAACAUGAUUAUGGCAAUUAUUUUACUCAGGUAUGUUUUCUCAAGAGAUUUGCUCUGUGUGUCAUUAAUAGUGUAUACAUUUGUUCUGUUAGUACUAAUCCUGCAUUAGUAAAUGUAACAACAAAUAUAACAACCUGCUUAAUAGCAUGAUUGUCCACGUUUGGAACACAAUGCGUAGACAGAUCUACAUGAUAGGGACUUGACAAGUUGUUUACAUGUUUCUGGAAGUAUGUUGCACCAGAUGUUUUAUUAAAUCUUAUUUCAUGUA